GUCGCAUCUCUCGUUUAAGAUAUACAUCACCGCGGCACCGUCCGCGGUUUUUCAUGGAUAACGGCGAGCGCAGAGGCUUUCCGACGCUGGCCGACACGCAGCAUCAAACGCUCGUGAGGACCGUCAAUUGCGGACGGGAUGCCGUGUACGGAAUUCGCUCGGUGACGAAUAUCAUACAAAAUUACGACUUUUCGUGCGACGCAACACAUGUGCAGUACACCCUGAAGUGCGACGAUCAGUUCGCCGAAGAACGUGCGGCAGCGAAACGGAAUUCCGAACCGACACGACAAUCGAGUUCCAGUUAACAGAUAUUGAAGGAUUGGUAUCCAUCUUCCUGGUAUUCUGAGAAGGAAACAACUUUGGGGAACACAUCAUGCUUUAACUCGAGCUGAGGGUGCAUGUUGCGACUGGAAAGAACGUUAGUGUGAUAUCGCAAGAGCUGAUCCCCAUGAAUAGGAACGGUUUUAUCUGCUGAUAAGUCGACCUAUUCUGUCGUCAACUUCUAUGGUGUAUAUUAAGCAACAAGAAGACGCGAGGCCUUAACUUAGAAGGCGACGCUUGAAUUUGUGCUGGUAAAAGUUUACUCGAGGACUGCACUGUUUUGCACCAUUAAUUUUCAACAUUGUAGACUUUGCAGAUCAAUGUUAAAUUGCAGCUCCUUGAUUACAGCGUGCUGUACAUUGUCCUUUUCUCCUCGCUAUGUCUUGAAGAAAUCUGAUUAAUAAAUUAGAUCCUCGUCGGCGAUUUCAUCCAAAUAAAGCUGCUACGUGAACGAAGAUAAUUUCGGAUGAUCUGAUCCGCCUUAUGUUGCACUAAGCCAACCGCCCGCUUAUUUUUUCUUGUUGUUCAUCGGCUUUGUCGGUUGGGAAGAUAAGGUUGUCCUGCGAUAUCCUCUUGAGACAAUCCAAUAAUAAGGCUCACCUCGAAGCAUUGUACCAGGCGGUCCGAGUGCGUCAUAAGAGUUCACAGCUUGUUUGCGCGACUUGUCCGGUUCACAGGAUCGUGUGAAAAAGUAUCGCGAAGGCAAAGUGAGGAAAGGGUGAUGGUGAAUGGACUCACAUGGUUGCUCUACCCAAUAGACAGUGAGUCUGCUCGACGGACACAUGAUUCGUCGACGGUGUUGGGUUUUUCUGAUCCGACGCAGUUUCCUGUCGUACCUGGCUCGGUGACUGUCGGCGAAUUUGUUCGCCCUUCGUGGACAAAGACUUGCGAGAAAGUGGUGCGUGAAGGGAAGUACCAGCCACGACGGGGCCCAGCGCCGGGGCGGAGACAAGGCCCCCGGUGCAGGGAAGAAGCGAGACAGGGGAAGAAGUCGAGCUUAGCGUAGCAGCAACGGCCCUGAAACUACAGGGGAGAGCAACUACCCCCUUGAACAGGGGGGAAACUAGGAGGCGACCUCGCCGACGGAGGCGACGGAAAAAGAAGCGACGGAGGUGCGGCGUAACUUCAAUUGUAGGGCGGACAGAGGAACGAAACGGGUCUGGAGUGGCUUGGCGCUUUGAACGAAGGUGUCACCCCGAGGAAGACGAAGAACUCUGAUUACUAUCUCCCGCCACCACCUCGUAUACGUCGUGUACUCUCCUCUCUCUUCUCACUUGCUAAUUAAAAGUUCUAUAGUGCUCUAGUUUAUAAUUUUAUCCUCCUAUGGUAGUGAGCCCAGUGUGAUAAAAAAUCAAAUGAUGUACAUAUAAUCCAUGAUGAUGGUAAUUUGAUACAUAUAUUAUAUAUAUGUAUCAUGUGUGCUUGUGCUGUCUAAGAGUGCGUUGUGUGAAAUGAGAAGAUUUAAGUGAGAGAAUAAAAGCUUCGUGGGGAAAUGCAAUCUUGAAGUGAUAAAUUUGUAUCUAUGUAAAGACGUGUGCCAGUGUAUCCGCGCGUACGAAAAGUACAAAACAGGAUAAAUUUACAAAAAAAAAAACAAAGGACAAAAAGAACUAGCCGAGGAUAAUCAAAGUCAGUCGGCAACGUAGAAAAGUGGCAUUAGCAGGUGAGACAGGUGGGACAGUAGCAUGAGUUCGUACUUUGCGAAUUCGUACAUCCCAGACCUGCGAAAUGGCGGGGUGGAACACCCACAUCAGCAUCAGCAGCACUAUGGUACGGCCGUGCAAGUACCUCAGCAAACACAAUCGGUUCAGCAACAGUCCCAGCAAGCUGGUGAUCCCUGCGACCCGAGUUUGUUACGUCAAGGAGUCUCCGCCCACCAUUAUGGAACCGCAGGAGGUCAACAGGACAUGCCUUAUCCAAGGUUUCCCCCAUACAAUCGACUUGACAUGCGAAAUGCAACCUACUAUCAACAUCAACAGGAACACGGAAGUAUGGAUGGAAGUAUGGCUGGCUACAGGUCGACUUCACCGAAUACCAGUAUGGGUCACAUGGGACAUACACCAACUCCCAACGGACACGUCGCCGUAUAUGCCAGUUGCAAAGUUCAGGCGGCCGCUGUCGAUCAUCAAGGCAGCGUACUCGAUGGACCGGACAGUCCACCUAUCGUUGAACCGCAGAUGCAUCAUCAAAUGCAUAGCCAGCAUCCGCACAUGCAGACACAGCAAUCGCAGCAUCCACAACAGCAAUCGCAGCAUCAGCAUCUUCAAACGCAGCAACAACAUAUGAUGUAUCAACAACAAUCGCAAACCGUAUCACAGCAGGGACAGAGUGGGAUACAUCCACAGCAACAACAACAAAAUCAACAGCAUCAAGGCGUCGUUGCGUCGUCGCUCAGUCAACAACAACAAGGCGCGUCACAGGGUACGGCGAGCUCAAACUUACCGAGCCCAUUAUAUCCUUGGAUGAGGAGUCAAUUUGAGAGGAAACGAGGUCGGCAGACGUACACGCGAUACCAAACACUAGAACUGGAAAAGGAGUUUCACUUCAACCGAUAUCUCACUAGGCGGCGGCGUAUUGAGAUCGCGCAUGCGUUAUGCUUAACGGAACGUCAGAUAAAGAUUUGGUUUCAAAACAGACGAAUGAAGUGGAAGAAAGAGAACAAAACGAAAGGUGAACCAGGCUCGGGCGAUGUCGAUACCGAAAUCUCGCCGCAAACGUCCCCGCAGGGUUAAAAGAGCUCCGAGGAGUGGAAGAAUUUAUUUUCCAUCCCUCUCAAGGUCGUUAAUACCUUGUUUCCAGCACUACCUCCUCCCCAUCCAAAACUCCAAUCCUUGUCGAUGACCUCCAAAUGGCCCCUCUAAGCAAUGACGCUUAUUUUGUCGUGUUUAUCAUGUUGCUUGUACCAAAAAGAAAGCAGGAUAAAGGAAGCAAAGAAGUUAUAGAAGGUGCACUCGAUGAAGAAGACAGAUGAGGAUAAGACAGCAAAAGACUACAGUGAAAGAGACUGAAAAAGAGCAAACGGGAGUGAAACGGAGCGAAGACGCAGAAAUACACCAGCAGAGGAUUUGCAGAAAUGCAGAAAUCGUGUGUGUGCAGAAAUCAAGAAUUUAUUAAUAAAGAAGAAACCCAGAGAGAGAGAAACGCGCAAACGAAACCUAGAUCGCAUGCUAAUCAGAACCGCGUUAACCUCUAUUAUCUUUAACUGUGAAAAUCAUUCUCUUAAAGUCUAUGGAUAUAUGUAUGCGUGUGUGUAUAUAUAUAUAUACAUAUACAUGUAUAUAUAUAUAUAUAUAUAUAUAUGUACAUAUAUACACAGGCAUAUAUAUCUCUAUAUGUGAAUAAAAAUGUACGUAGUUUAAGCAAAAAUUCGAGAGCGUGUGACAGAUCGGCAGUAAUACAAUACAAGCAGAAUGCGCGAAAACGUGGUAUGCAGAGUUGCAUUAAGUAUAGAGUUCAGUCUGUCGAAAAAGUGAAAUGGGCGAAUUUUAUUGAGAACGAUAGGAAACGAAAGGAAAAUGAAAGAAUCAUAGGAGAAUCAUUUUAUUAUUUAUUCUCUUACAUCUUAACAGCAAAACUAGUAAAUAAAGUAGAGUUCUAGGUACUACUAAUAGAAACUAGCAGUACGAAAAUGUCCGUCGCGUCUGUAUUUAGCGAUAAAUAAACGGUUUAGUGUUCUUAGAGGAUUGUUUAGAUAGAUCUUUCGUUAGUACCGCGGUGGCUCCAACAAGUAUACUUAUGAUCGUGCCAAGUGUGAUCUUCGAACGUGUUUUAAAAUUUCGAGGAAGAGUCCGAGUAAUGGUGGAGUACAGCAGGUGAGAAGAAACAAACAUAGUGCAACGGAAGUGAAGAAUCGCGGAGUUCACAUCCAUCUCUGAUCAUUCUCUGAUACCAGUGAUAGCAGUGCGUGCAAAACUAAUCUCAGAAAAAGUGAAUUUGAUGUAUAAAUGUAACAACGGCAUUUUUUGGAAAUUAAAUGGAGAGAACGGUGCCAGACUAACCGUAAACGAAACGGAUUGAGUGUUGAAUGAUAAUGUGAAUUUGAAAAAAAAACAGCGCCCUUCGGCGGAGCAGAGAGUCAAACUGACUUGGCAUUUCUUCAUCAGCGUCAUCGCAGGUUAGUCUUAUUAAAGAUUAAUAGUGAUAUGCGAUUGUCAGCAGCAUUAGUUUAUUUUUCGCUGAAUUGUCAUGCCUGCAUUUGAAAUAAAGAUAGCGAGUUUUAAGUUCCAAUGGGAGAAGAUUACGGGAAUUACAUUUCUAUGUACUUUAUUCAACAUGACUGCACUAAAUUAUAGAUAAUAAUUUAUACGAUUAUUGACAGAUAGUUGAGAAAGAAAUUCGUUCCUAUAAUGUAUGCAUUGCUCAAAGUAACAAAUAUAUAAUAUGUAUAAGCAGUUCUCUUCUAAAAGCGCGUC